AUGCUUCCCAACAAAGCCAUCGCACAGACUGUGACGACGCUGCGGGGAAUAUCUCCCUCCAGCGCGCACUUUGACGACGAGACGAAGGAUGCCGUCUUCGGCGCGAUCGAUGGUGCGAACGCGGCAAUGUGGGAGCUCAACAAGACGAUCCACGAAAACCCCGAACUACCGUUCGAGGAGUACAAGGCGCGCGCGGCGCUCGUCAAGGCGCUAUGUAAGCUCGGGUUUACAGUUACGAAUCCGAGUUCGUUGCCGACCGCGUUUGUGGCCACCUACUCGCACGGGCGCGGUGGGCGUGUAUUCGGCUUUGAUGCCGAAUACGAUGCCUUGCCGGACGUCGGACAUGCGUGCGGACAUAACUUGAUCGCCGUUGCUGCAGUUGCUGCGGCCGUGGGACUCAAAGCGGCAUUGAAGGCGCGCAAUAUCCCGGGGACGGUCAAGGUCGUCGGUUCACCAGCUGAGGAGGGGGGAGGGGGCAAGAUCAUCCUCCUCAACGAAGGGGUUUACGAGAGCCUGGACGCGUGUGCAAUGGCCCAUCCCGAGGGCGGGAUGGGUGCGACCUACGACGGGAACGCGUAUGUCGGUGGACCGGCUAGUCUGGCGCGUUCGGGCUUCGAGGUCGAGUUCCAUGGUCGGGGCGCACAUGCUGGUGCAGCGCCAUGGCUUGGGAUUAAUGCGCUGGACGCUGCCGUACAGGGAUACACGGCUGUCAGUAUGUUGCGGCAGCAGCUCGAGCCUAGCAUGCGGGUACACGGGAUCAUUCAAGGAUCGGAGAAGUGGGCGCAGAACAUCAUUCCGUCAUACGCAAAGGUCGCAUAUUCCUCCCGCGCGCUUACUGUCAAGCAGACGCUCGAGUUACGCGACAAGACUAUCGCAUGCUUCGCGGCGGCGGCCAAGGCCACGGGAUGCAAACACGUGGUCACUGCGCCCGAGACGGAUGUGUAUGCCGAGUUGAGGAACAACCGCCUGCUCGCGGACGCUUAUGCCGACCUCAUGGGACAUGACUUUAAGCAGGUCAUCGCGCGAUCCGGCAUGACUACCGCCAGUACCGACUUUGGGAACGUUACCUACGCGCUGCCUGCCAUCCAUCCCGGGUUCGUUAUCGUCAGUGACACGGUCAACCACACUGCUGGGUUCACGGCGGCGGCGGCGAAGAAGGAUGCACACAGGCGGGCGAUGGUCGUGGCUAAGGGGCUGGCCAUGACUGGGGCCAAGUUCCUCGAAGACGACCGGUUCGCCAAAGAAGUCAAGAAGGAGUUUGAGCGCUUCAGGCGGGAAGAAGGGAGGGACAUGGUGUAG